UGCUAAAUACUUUUCACACGCUCUCUUCAUAAAAAGCCACACCACUUCUCACGCUUCAUUUUGCUCUCUUCUCAUCACUUUCCUCUUUUCUCACUCCCACAGUCCCACUAAUGGACUCUCUCACUCUCAUCUGUACCGCCGCUCUUCUAGCUGCCGGUGGACUUUACUGGUUCGUUUGCAUCCUUGGCUCCGCCGAGGUUAAAGGUAAACGCGCCGUCCAACUUUCCGGCGGGUCCAUCGAGAAAGAGAAUGUCCAAGACAAUUAUAAACAAUACUGGUCUUUCUUCCGCCGCCCUAAAGAAAUCGAAACCGCCGAUAAAGUCCCGGCCUUCGUCGAUACGUUCUAUAAUCUCGUCACUGAUAUUUACGAAUGGGGUUGGGGUCAGUCUUUUCACUUUUCCCCUUCUAUCCCUGGGAAAUCUCACCGUGAAGCCACACGUAUUCACGAAGAAAUGGCUGUAGAUCUAAUAGGUGUUAAGCCCGGGGCUCGCAUUCUGGAUGCAGGUUGCGGCGUUGGCGGGCCGAUGCGGGCUAUUGCGGCCCAUUCACGGGCUAACGUUGUUGGCAUCACAAUUAAUGAGUAUCAGGUGAAACGAGCCCGGAUGCACAACAAAAAAGCUGGCCUCGAUUCCUUGUGCGAAGUUGUUUGCGGCAAUUUCCUGCAAAUGCCCUUUCCAGACAACAGCUUCGACGGAGCUUAUUCAAUUGAAGCUACGUGUCACGCUCCUAAGCUUGAAGAAGUGUAUAAGGAGAUCUACCGGGUAAUGAAACCCGGAUCCCUUUACGUUUCCUAUGAAUGGGUCACAACCGAAUUGUACAAACCCGAAGACCCGGAACAUGUCGAAAUUAUCCACGGGAUUGAAAGAGGUGAUGCUUUACCAGGGCUGAGGAGUUACAAAGACAUUGCUGAAGUUGCUAAGAAAGUCGGAUUUGAGGUAGUGAAGGAGAAAGAUUUGGCUAAACCGCCAUCAAACCCGUGGUGGACGAGGCUGAAAAUGGGGAGAAUUGCUUACUGGAGGAACCAUAUUUUGGUCACAAUUCUUGCUUUUCUUGGAAUUGCACCAAAAGGUACAGUUGAUGUGCACGAGAUGUUGUUCGUGACUGCUGAUUAUUUGUCUAAAGGUGGUGAAAAAGGCAUUUUCUCUCCUAUGCAUAUGAUUCUCUGCAGAAAACCUGAAGAGUAAAAUUAAGCUCUCUUUCAAAUUCUCAUUAGCAGUUACAAUUAUGAUGUAGAGAUUGACCAUGGAGGUUAAUUUCGCUCUGUUGUCCCUCUUUUUUUUGGUUUUCUUUUUGGACGAUUUAAUUUAAUGUCGUUUUUUUCUUCCUAUUUUCACUUCUUUUUCUUGUUUCUAGCUUGAAUAUUUGGCUUCUUAUAUGUUAGAUCUCUUUCUUUUUGCUGC